UUGUUAUAAAAAAAAAAACAUGUUUAUGUCACAGUGGAAGAGAUCAAAGAUACCGAAACUGUGUAUAAAUUUUGAGCCAAAGGACCAAUUUUUUUCUUCGUUGUCUUCUUCUUUGUCUAUGCAUUCUGGAAAUUGAGGGUUUUGGCCGAAAACAGGGAAAGGGUCCGAGGACUUAGGCGUCGUUGGAUUGCUAAUUUCUUCGGCAAUUCAAUAUCGGUAUUGUCUUGUCGAAUCGUGAGUGAUGAUGUGGAGGAGUGUUGCGAGAUUCGCGUCGGUGGCUAGGACCGGCGGAUCACGGCGGUGCUUGUCGACGGCGAUUCCCGGGCCUUGCAUUGUCCACAAGCGUGGCGCCGAUAUUCUUCAUGAUCCCUGGUUCAACAAGGAUACAGGCUUUCCUUUGACUGAGCGAGACAGAUUGGGGCUCCGGGGCCUGCUUCCGCCUCGUGUGAUAUCCUUCGAGCAGCAAUAUGCCCGUUUCAUGGAGUCUUUUCGAUCCCUAGAGAGAAAUACACAGGGGCAGCCAGAGAAUGUUGUAUCAUUAGCGAAAUGGAGGAUUUUGAAUCGAUUGCAUGACCGUAACGAGACUUUGUACUACCGAGUCCUUAUCGAUAAUAUCAAAGAUUUUGCCCCGAUUAUAUACACUCCCACGGUUGGGCUGGUUUGUCAGAACUACUCGGGACUGUAUAGAAGACCACGGGGAAUGUACUUCAGCGCAAAAGACAAAGGAGAGAUGAUGUCUAUGAUAUAUAAUUGGCCUGCUGAGCAGGUAGAUAUGAUAGUCAUUACAGAUGGUAGCCGUAUUCUCGGCCUGGGUGAUCUUGGAGUCCAGGGAAUUGGAAUUCCUAUCGGGAAGCUUGAUAUGUAUGUCGCUGCAGCGGGCAUCAAUCCACAGAGAGUUUUGCCGGUUAUGUUAGAUGUGGGCACAAAUAAUGAGAAGCUCCUAGAAAACCAUCUCUAUUUAGGACUUCGAGAACGUAGGUUGGAAGGAGAAGAGUAUCUUGAGAUUGUUGAUGAAUUCAUGGAAGCUGUAUUCACACGAUGGCCGAAGGCUGUUGUGCAGUUUGAAGAUUUCCAAAUGAAAUGGGCUUUUGAAACUUUGGAAAGAUAUCGGAAAAGGUUCUGCAUGUUCAACGAUGAUGUCCAGGGAACUGCUGGUGUUGCUCUGGCUGGACUUUUGGGAACGGUAAGAGCCCAAGGUCGGCCUUUGACAGACUUUGUAAACCAAAAGAUUGUCGUGGUCGGAGCUGGGAGUGCAGGGCUUGGAGUGCUUAAGAUGGCAGUGCAGGCAGCUGCGAGGAUGGCUGGCAUUAGUGAGACAGCUGCAAUGAAAAACUUUUACCUGAUAGAUAAAGACGGACUUAUCACCAAGGAGAGGACAAACCUCGACCCAGCAGCAGCCCCUUUUGCUAGAGAUCUAGGUCAGGUUUCAUGUCUUCGUGAAGGAUCAGGUAUCGUCGAAGUGGUGAAGGAGGCGAGGCCGCAUGUUCUUCUUGGUCUGUCUGGAGUCGGCGGUAUCUUCAAUGAAGAGGUUCUCAAGGCAAUGCGAGGAUCCGAUUCGAACAGACCUGGCAUUUUUGCUAUGUCGAAUCCUACCUUGAAUGCCGAAUGCACUGCUGCUGACGCUUUCAAGCACGCCGGAGAAAACAUAGUCUUUGCAAGUGGAAGCCCCUUUCAGAACGUCGACCUCGGCAAUGGUAAAAGAGGCCAUGUGAAUCAGGCAAACAACAUGUACCUAUUUCCCGGGAUCGGGUUAGGAACGCUUCUAUCUGGCGCACGUAUCGUGACUGACGGAAUGCUUCAAGCAGCAGCCGAAUGCCUCGCAUCCUACAUGACGGAGGAAGAGGUCAAGAAGGGCAUCCUUUAUCCUUCUAUCAACAACAUCCGACACAUAACAGCGGAGGUCGGGGCUGCUGUCUUAAGAGCAGCUGUAAAGGAAGACAUUGCAGAAGGCCACGGUGAUGUCGGACCCAAAGAGCUGAGCCAUUUCUCUAAGGAGGAUACGGUGAACUACAUAACGCGCAACAUGUGGUACCCCGUCUACAGCCCUCUCGUUCACGAGAAAUAAAUCCCCCGUUCCGUUACCACAUCCCAAAAAUAAAAUAAAAAAUAUUUAUUCCUCUGAUUAUUAUUUUUUUCUUAUUAUUAUUAUUAUUAUUCUGAUAAUGAAUCUGUCUUGUCUUACAAAAGAAACAGGGGGAAGUGGGGGGAAUGUUCGUUUCCCUAUUUUUUCUCUUCAAUUGCUUUUUUUUUUUGUUAGGUUAAUGUAAUGUCCAGAGCUAGCUCUUAGUGAUUACACUUACACAAACCAUACUUACAUUUUUCCCUCUGACAUUGUUCCUCAAGUGCUGGAACUCAUUGAACUUUUGCCCUAAUAAAUAAAGAAGAAUUUUAUUUUCAAA